AUGUCGGUUCAGACCGUCUCAAUUCAACCCUUUGCCGACCAGAAGCCGGGCACUUCUGGUCUCCGCAAGAAGGUCAAGGUCUUCGAACAGCCUCACUACUCCGAGUCCUUCGUCACAAGUAUCCUGCUCUCCAUUCCCGAGGGUGUCGAGGACUCAUUCCUCGUCAUUGGUGGUGAUGGCCGAUACUACAACGACGUGGUCAUCAACAAGAUCGCCAAGAUCUCCGCCGCCUACGGUGUCAAGAAGCUGCUGGUCGGCCAAAAUGGUAUCAUGAGUACCCCUGCGGCCAGCAACCUCAUCCGUGUCCGCAAGGCUACUGGUGGCAUCCUCCUGACUGCCAGUCACAACCCCGGUGGUCCCGAGAACGACUUUGGUAUCAAGUACAACUUGGCCAACGGUGCCCCCGCCCCCGAAGGUGUCACCAACAAAAUCUUCGAAACCGCCAAGUCCUUGACCUCUUACAAGUAUGCCGACAUCCCCGAUGUCGACCUUUCCACCAUCGGCAGCAAGACCUACGGUCCUCUAGAGGUCGAGGUCGUUCACUCGACCGCCGACUACGUGACCAUGAUGAAGGAGAUCUUUGACUUUGACUUGAUUAAGGACUUCCUCAGCACCCACAAGGACUUCAAGGUCCUCUUCGAUGGUAUGCACGGUGUCACCGGCCCCUACGGCGUUGACAUCUUCGUCAAGGAGCUCGGAUUGCCCGCCAGCAGCACCAUGAACUGCGAGCCCAAGCCGGACUUUGGCGGCGGUCACCCCGACCCCAACCUGGUCUACGCCCACGAGCUGGUUGAGGCCGUGGACAAGAACGGGGUGCACUUCGGAGCCGCUAGCGAUGGUGACGGUGACCGAAACAUGAUUUACGGCGCCAAGACCUUUGUCUCCCCUGGUGACAGUCUGGCCAUCAUCGCUCACCACGCCAAGUUGAUCCCCUGGUUCCAGAAGCAGGGCGUUUACGGCCUCGCCCGUUCCAUGCCCACUUCCGGCGCCGUGGACCGUGUGGCAAAGGCUCAAGGCCUGCAGAGCUACGAGGUCCCCACCGGCUGGAAGUUCUUCUGCAACCUGUUCGACAACAAGAAGAUCUCCAUCUGCGGUGAAGAGAGCUUCGGUACCGGUAGCAACCACAUUCGUGAGAAGGACGGCGUUUGGGCUGUCGUCGCCUGGCUGAACAUCAUCGCUGGUGUCGCCAAGCAGAAGCCCGAGGAGACCCCCAGCAUCGCUUCCAUUCAGAACGAGUUCUGGAAGACCUACGGCCGCACCUUCUUCACCCGUUACGACUACGAGAACGUCGACAGCGAGGGUGCCAACAAGGUGGUCGGUACCCUGGCCGAUCUGGUCAACAGCGGCUCCUUCGUCGGCUCCUCGGUCGGCUCCCGCAAGGUGGUGGAUGCUGGCAACUUCUCUUACACCGACCUUGACGGUAGCGUGUCGAAGAACCAGGGCCUGUACGCCAAGUUCGAUGAUGGUAGCCGCAUUGUCGUUCGCCUGUCCGGUACCGGUAGCAGCGGCGCCACCAUCCGUCUCUACAUCGAGCGCUACGAGGAUGAUGCCUCCAAGUUUGGCCUUAGCGCCCAGGAGUAUCUGGCCGACAACGUCGCCUCUGCUCUAAGCCUGCUCAAGUUCAAGGAGUAUGUUGGCCGUGAGGAGCCCGAUGUCAAGACCUAA